GCGACCCAAAGCGAGAGCACGAGAGCAGGAGGGGGAUUUCCAGCUCGAGCCCCCACUUCCCGAACCAACCGAUGUUUUGCUUUCGGUCUCGACACAGAAACAGAAAUAAACGACGGACACAGUUUUGUUUUUCCACUUAAAACCACAAAUACAUCAACUUGUCCAACUUCGCCGUUGCUUGUUAUUCCGACAGCAGGACCGUGAAGCCACAGGCCGUCAACUGAACAGGCCACAAUGCCAGUAGAAAGAAUGAGAAUGCGACCAUGGCUGGAGGAACAAAUCAACUCCUGUCAAAUACCAGGACUGAAAUGGGUUAAUAAAGAAAAGAGAAUCUUCCAGAUCCCAUGGAUGCAUGCCGCACGCCAUGGUUGGGACCUGGAGAAAGAUGCUCCACUCUUCAUGAGAUGGGCCAUACACACUGGUAAAUACCAGCCAGGCGUAGACCGUCCAGAUCCAAAGACGUGGAAGGCUAAUUUCCGCUGUGCCAUGAACAGCCUGCCAGACAUUGAGGAAGUGAAGGAUAAAAGCAUCAAAAAGGGAACUAAUGCCUUCAGAGUUUAUAAGAUGCUCUCCUCCACAGAGAGAAGUUUGAAAAAAGGAAAGAAGAAGACAGACAAAGAGGGGAGGCUCAAGGGAAAUAAAGAGGCAGCUUCUCCAUCUCCAGACCAGACUCCUCUCGAAACCAGUGCUGGACCUAUUGACUAUUCCAAACAGGAAGCGGUCAAGCAGGAAGCAGUAGAGCAAUUAGUGAUGGACAGUGCUUCAGCCAUUCACAGCUCAGUAGAGGACAACGUCAUCACGAGCGAGCAGCUGCCAUUCGUCUGUCAGACAAUUGAAGUAACCACUGAGAAUGAAGAGCAGAUGGUUAGCUCCUCCCACUCUUACCCUCUCCAAAUCUCUCCUGUGUCUUCAUGCUGCGGCAGUGACACAGACAGUGACACUGAAGACACUAAAGAGGGUGUUGGUGCAGUCUGGAAGCGGGACUACAGCACAACAGUUCUCAGGGUUCCGGCAUGCUCUCUUCCCGGCAUGGCCACUUUUGUCAGCGCGAACAAGCCCAACUUCAGGGUCACCAGCACGCGAGACCCAGCCCCUCUCAUCAGUUACCACGCUGACGGCUGGAUGCCGGCCUACACUCAGAACUCUCUUGUGUCUCCGGCGACCAGCCAUACCCACGAGAUGCGCGCAAGUGUCAUUAUGAAAACCUCCGAUGUUACCUCCUCCUGACCCCAGAUGAGGGAGUAUCAUGGCUGCCCUCAGGGCAUAGGAAUGACACAGAAUGUUGUUUUUCUUAAUCAGGGCCACAUGGUGCCUAAAAGGCCAAACUUCCAAAUCUGUGGUUUUAUUGUAGCUUCUGUUUGGGCCAUGAAACCCCUGAGUUUUCCUUUUAAUUGGAAAAAAAUUGUUGACUGGUGGAAAUUCGCCAUUGACUUGCCCACUAAUUGGUGAGCACUGUAGCCCAGUUUAUACUUUCUACAUCUGAAUGGCUGCGAGGGUCUGCGUGGCGUAACUUUCAUCAUCUCCCCGCGUCUGCGAGGAUUUGCGGAUGGUCCCUGUGCAGCUUAAAAUGAACACGUGGAACGUACACGUGGACAAACGUUUACGCUCACUGGAAAUACUGGUGUUGCUCACGUCUGUUUUGGACUUUAUCUAGCCCCGUAGACACCCUCGUCAUCCUUGUGUCCCUGGUACAUUAUUUUCCCUGCUGCUUUGUGCUAACACUUGAGUGUACACUAUGCCGAAUGAAAGAAAUUCCCCACUUUUGUGUAAUGAAAGACAAAUUUUAGUAGUGAAAAGCUCUUAACGUUUUUUUUUUUUAUUGUACAACCUGUAGAUGAAUACAUUUUUAAAUGAGUCAGUAUUGCCUACCUGUAGCCAGGUUGGAAAACACAUCCUCAUAUUCAUUCACUGUCUUGUGAUUUUAAGUGAUACACAGUCUCCAAUCAGCUUAAACAUUCAUUUCCUAGGUGAAAUAGUCCCUGGUAUUUCAUUAACUUUUUUUUAAUCUCCUACAUAAAACUACCUGAUUUGUACACGUCAUUACACAGCUAUCUUUUCCUGUACCUUUAUUUUAUAUUGCACCAAUUAAAGGUAAACUAACAAAGUGGUAACUAUCUGAGAAUAGCGUAAGCUCACCUGUUAGCAUAAAACAGUGUGUAAAAUGCUGUACUAGGACACAUGGAUGGAACAAAGAGUAUGUGUUCCUAGAAGCAAUCUGUGUUUGAGGCAAAGCAACAAAUACAAAAUGUUUUGGGGAAAUUACAUCUGCUAAGUCGAGCAAACCAGCUCAACUUAGCAGCAAGUUACAAAAAGAAUCCAAGGCGUGCAUUGUUAUCUAGAUAAAGAAUGACAAUCAUUGCUAAGCCCUGAUUUGUCCCUGCAGUGGAAAGCAGGUGUGUGUGUGUGUGUGUGUGUAUAUCUGUCUGUCUGGAGCCCUCAGGACAACGUACCCGCCAACACACAGACAGAUGAACUGACAGAGUGAUCAACAGACUCACUGACAGACAGACAGACUGACAGACUGUGAACAGUGUAUUCAUUUCUUCUCCUCUCUCCUGCCUCCUGGUGUUAAUAAUGUACAUAGCUCAUACGUAUGUAUGCCUGCAAGCCGCUUCUGCACCUUAUGGACAUCACUGGUGUGUGUGUGUGUGUGUGUGUGUGUGUGUGUGUAUGUAUGUAUAUGUGUGUGUUUAUGUUGUGGGGUGGGGGGUCCUUAUUGAAGACGUGUGCCUUUGAAAGUGUGUGGCUGGUGACAGAUUAUCUGUGCUUUAGCCUGCUGCGGAUACAUCGAGUGGCUCUCAGUAACUGCAGUCAGCUGUAUGUGGAUACAGACAGAGCGUAGCACUGUGACGAUGAGGAAUGAAGAAGUGGUUUACAUUCACUAUAUUUACUUGCACAGAGGCGACUUGUUGAUAUGGCUACUCGCUUAAAAUGGAGCAAACAUUAUUCUUAUGUUAGAACAUUUCAGUUUAAAGUCAUCUCAUCUCACUCUCAUCUCAUCAGAGGGAGGAGCAAAGUGCAAUAGGCUGUUAGUUCUGUGCAUUUAAAAGAUGAAGUGAAUACCUUGCUGUGAUAACUAGGGAUAGUUGGGAAAUGUCCGGGCUUGAGGUACAUUACAGAGGACUGCGUCAUCAGCAGAUGCUGAGCGCUGAUAUUUUUUAUUCUCACUUGCUUUUUUUUUUUUGGUUUAUGGUCUGCUCUCCCUCGCCCAAAACUUCCCAUUUCCCAGUUGACUUUAACACACAGAUGUCAGAGCACAAGUCUUUCCUCUGAUUCACCCAGUGUAUCCUGCUCUCCAUUCCUGCAGGGAAAAUCUAGUGGCCUCUAGCAUUAGAGCGUAGCAUAAUGUUAACCACUGUAAUCUGUAAAUCUCGACACAUGCAUGGAAAACCGUUCUUUUUAUCCCAUAAAAUGCAAAUGUAUGCAAAGAAUGAUGAACUCAAGCAGCAAAGGAAGAAAUUUCCGCUUUUGUUUGUUUCACAAACCAUUACAGGAGCAAGUUCAGUCUCUUCAGUAGUUAGUAAAAUGUAAUUUACCUAAAAAGAACUAAAUUAUGAAACGUUCAUAUUCAGACCCCUGAGAGUCACAGCUCCUUGUGUUAUGAAUUAUGAUGAGUGCAUUAGAAAGCUACUUGUGUGUUAGCAGCUAGCAGGCUAAAGCACAGACUUCGUUCCCAGCCUGCCUUCAGCAGAGCUCUAGAGGGAACAGCUUUAAAAAGUUCAUGUGGGAGAACAAUAGGACAAAUAGGAAUCUGCCAUGUUUGUGAACCAAACCCCCAGAGAUUUUAACACUGGAUGCACAAUACUAUCAUGGUGAAAUUAUUUAAGGUUCUCAUUGAAUCAAAGGGGUUUGGGCUUACUUGACAGCAGAUGUGGAGCAGGCAUCGCUUUACCAAAUGUUUCUUUAACGUGUCUUUUUUAAAAAAAAAAUGUUGUUAGCGAUUCGCAUCACUUACUGAAAGGUAGCGGAAAAUUCUUCUACUUUUCUGUGGUUACACUUCAUAGUAGUUUUCUGUGGAAAUGCUACUCAAUAGGCCGCGAUACACGGACAAUAUUUGAAGCAAUGUACAUAGUUAAUUUUGAUAACAGCCAUAACAAACACCUGCCUUUUAACCAUGCAUCUUCAGUGAUUUUGUUGUAGGUCACAACCUCUCUGAACUAUAAUGAAGACUUACAGUUGGGAAACUCUUUAAUUGUGUGUGAUACUUAAAUGUGCCAAAUAACUGUACGUUACCAUGCAUGUAAACAGCAAGAUGCAUGGUAACAUGCAGCUGGUCCAUAUUAGGCCUCCACACUAGCACAGAUGUGUUGAACUGAAUUGGAUUUAGUGCUGUCAGUAGCUUGAGUUUGUCAUUUUAGAAUCAGCAGCUUCUGCAGUGAUCCAAAGUGAUAAAGAUUCUGGUUCAAUAAUGAAAAUGUUCCGACCCUCCUGCCUCAGUAAGCCUAACCAUGGACUUUUAAAGAAGCUGUCAUGGAUAAAUAAAGUGCACUUAAACCUAGAGCACAUUUCUGCUUUGUUUUGUCUAUAAAAGGGAUGUGAUUACAGCCAAAAGUCAACAGUGAAAGAGGGUUGUAAUGCUGUUAUUUAUCAUGUGGUUGGAUGAUCUGUCUGACCUGCUUUUGCCUUAUGUGAAUGAGAGCCACUGAAUCACUGUUCUGUGAAUACUGAGGUGUGUCUCACUCUUGCGCUUUAGCACAUACCAUAAAGAACAAUAUCACCAUUCACUUCAACGGGAAAAAAAACCCUCACAAAAACAAAAAAAAACAGGUAAUUGCUCAGAUAAUUGCAUUUGGAGCAAAGAAGUUGUAACCGCAUCAUGUCACCACUGUUUAUUCUGUGUACAUUAUGAAAACUACAUGUGAAUCAACAUGUAAAUCUGAAUAAAGACUUUUUGUAUUUA